AAAGCGAAAAAGUUACACAAGCGUCAGGAUUUUGUAACACACACAUUAGCUACUUUUUAUUUGUUGCCACUCGUGAUUGAGCCACCAUCACUGUCUUCUAAGCUUUACAUCGGACCGAGAAAACUGAGCACUGAAGCAAAAAGCAUAGUUUUUUUUUAAUUAACAAAGAUAGAAUAAUCGAGCAAUUUUUAAUUAUACAAGGACUUUACCUACGGUGACGACCCAGUCUUAUAUGUUUGGAUCACUGAAAGUGAAAAUGAAAUAAAUACAAACAACCGGGAUGUAUUUUUUGAUUAAAUAACAGAUAAAACGCGUAACUGGUAGCUCUAGACGCGCGCGACAGAUUCGGGUAGUGACAACGAGACAGAAGCGCGCGCUUAAAAUAUGGAGUUGAAUUCAGUGAUUUUGACCACUGGAUCCUCGGUAGGCUUUUUCAAAUUAGUAAACUAUGGAAUCGGCAAACUUCCCAUCCCCGAAACAGCACAGAGGAACGUUUGGAAAUGGAAAAACAUCUCCACGUCUUUCGUACACAGCCUCCUAACUGGAGUGUGGUCUGUGCUUUGUUUUUGCAUGCAUCCCCAGAUGGCUGAGGAUUUGAUAGAAACACACUCCGUUUUCUCUCACGCCUUGGUAUCUGUAUCAAUCGGUUAUUUUAUAUAUGACUUCUUUGAUAUGGUUAUCAACCAGAAGAUCAGUCAUUCAUGGGAGCUCCUUUUCCACCAUGUUGUGGUGAUCACCUGUUUCGGGAUCUCGGUGUUGACCUAUAGGUAUGUGGGUUUUGCAGUGGUGGCUCUGUUGGUGGAGAUCAAUUCAAUCUUUCUGCACCUGAGGCAAGUGCUCCGCAUGGCCAGCUUGGCCAAAAGUACAUUUUACCGAGUCAACAGCAUGAUAAACCUGGGCACCUAUGUAGUGUUUCGUAUCAACACUCUGGCCUGGAUGACCCGCUGGCUGGUGCUGAAUCGUGACCUCAUCCCCUUGGUCAGCUACACCAUCGGCAGCGUGGGUCUGGCCAUCAUGACUGCCAUGAACAUUGUGCUGUUUUACCGUCUGAUGAGAAGUGACUUCAUGAAGUCUAGCCGUGAGAAGGAGGUGAGCAAAGAGAAGGAAAAAGAAAUGUAGGAAGCGGACUCCUCUCACUCUAGUUUCAGUUCCAACCAAAUCCGCUCAUCGUCACCAUUCCCUCACUUUGGGGAAAAUGUCUUUUUCAACGCGCUGACUUCAUUCCUGCAACACCUGAUUGUCAACUAGACCGAAGUUCUAGGCACCUUUACUUAAACUCACGUAGACCUCAAGCUGUGCUAAGCUUUUUAUGAUGGCUGUUGUCAGGUUUACAGAUGUGUAAAAUAAUGGACGACAUAUGUUUAUACAUGCAACUUGAUGCUUAAAUACACAUGCAUGAUAUAUCCAAUGGCUCAAAACUUAUGUUAUAAUGUAAUAAGUUCAAAUGAACUUGAUCUGCUUCUUUUAAUCUAAUCAUAUGCUUAUGUUGAGAUUUGAGAGCUUGGUUUAUUUAUUAAAACCUAAGCUAAAACUGUUUUCUAGCCUCUAACACCUACAGCUGCUACCUCAUGAGCUUGUAGCAGUAGCAUCCUAAUUCUAUACGGUUUAUAAAUGGACAGUUCAUGCAAAUGAAAAAGCUCUUCUGUGGAACACAACUGGAGACAUUUUGUUCUUGCUGCUCUAUUUCAUACAAAGUAAUGAAAGUGUAUUGCUACUUGGGCUGUCAAGUUCUAACAUCAUCAUAAAAGUCAUGUAACAGUUGCCCAUUUGAUAUAUUUGAAGUCUUUUGAAGCCCUAUUAUAGAUUCGAUGACUGGUAUUUCAUUUUUUGGUGAACUGAUGGAAUUCCAUUACAGCUUGUUUUUAGUUUAAAUUCUCUGUACUGACUAGAAAUAAUUAAUGAAGUGACCAUGAACAGGAAGUACUGUAUUCUGCAAGGUUGGGGUAAACAUGACUGUAGUUUUACCUUGUGGAUGAAUACCACUAUUCUCAGUUGAUCUGUUACCCUUUAAGUGGAGAAUCAGAAUCUUGAUGCUGGAGUCUUCACAACAGCUAUCAGGAUUGAAACACUCCUGCUCAUUACAUGUCAUUACAACUGAACAAUACAUGUGGGGUUUGAGAUCUGACAGGAUCGUUGUUGCACAAAUCAUGCCUAUAGGUGGCACUACACACGUACACAACAGUGACCUCAUGUGCGAUUAUGCUAUUAUUUAAUAAAAGAGGCGAUGAUUAAAGCGGAACUAAUUUUGAUUUAAAUACGAUGAACCUUUUUAAAAAAAAUAAAAGUUUGUAAUUUUGUUUAUUUUUGUUUAAUUUUGAAUUUUUUGUAAUUUAUUUGUACUUCAUGUCAUUGAUUGUAAUGGUUGGAGGCAAAUUGCAAAAAAAAAAAAAAGGUAGCUUUUGAGAACAAAAUGAAUGAUGGAAAAAUAUGUUGUGAUUUUGUUGGUGGUAAACAAAGGUCCUGGUCAGGUGUACUAAAGUCAAGGCAUUUAUUUAGCUGCUUUAUGUACUCUGUGCCAUUGAGAUUGUAGACUGAAUUCUAAUUCUAAUUUGAUUGGGCAUUAGUGGCUUGUCUGUCUGGCGGGAAAGUUUACACUCUGAAACCACAUGUAGCAUCACCGACUUGUGCCACAAAACUAUUUUUUAUUCAUGAUGUUUAAUUGCAUUUUAAUCUGGUGUACUCCUGCCUUAUUUUUACUGUUUGAAGGAGGGAUAAAUAACUAAGGGAAAAAAAGCUACUCGCAUUGAAAUUAAAAUGACUUUUAGCAAGCAAGUGAAAAAUAGAAAAAUGUGCACUGAAAUGGCAAAACUUUUGAGGUUUGUUGGCAGCUUCAUAUUGAGACUGUGCUUGUAUAUUUGCUUCCUUAGUGAGGUAACUGGUAUCUCAGUGUAUAUGGGGUAUACAUUUUUGUUUUUGAGAGAAAACCGAUGUGACUUUUUAAAGAUCAUUUUAGCAAUGCGGUUGUUCUUCACUUGAGAGUGCAAUUCUGUACUGUGUUUGGUGAAAGAUAAGCAAGUGUUGGAUUGUGGAUCUGAUUUUUAUUUUUGAGCAUAGUGUUGCAGUGUUUUCCAAAGCCGAAAUAAAAAAAAUCACAGCUGGAAAAAGAUAUGUGCCAACAUCCAAGGGAGCAAAAUUAAAGGAAAUUGGUAUUUUCCAUUCGCUCACUUUAUUUUUUUACCCUUGCUGUUUUAGCUAGUCUAAUCAUUUUAAGUUUUAAACAAUUGUAUCUAAAAUGUCUAUAGCAUUUUUAUUUUUGUUUGGAUUAAUUGUUUUGUAAUUAAUAUCAAAGUAAUUUGUAUAUGACCUUUAUAUUGUAAA